AUGGAGGUGUUUGAUCGGAGGACGUGUAACGUGCCACUAACCCAGUGUGGAUUUAUUGAUAUGUUCGUACGUGAAGCGUACGCGAAUUUUUCGGAUUUCGCCAAUCUUGGACAUCUGUCAACGCAACUCGAAGCCAACUACGAGCAAUGGAAAUCGUUAGGUCCAUCUUGGACACCUGCCAACAACUCCUCGUUGCAAAUGUGA